AUGGCAUCGACAGAGAAGAAAGACACCGCAAUCCAGCUAGAGACGAUCGGCAAUGAUCCAGAUCCAGAUCCAGAUCCAGCAACCGUGACAGAAGACAAAAUAGACAGCUACGGUCUUCUCAAGUCGAGAUAUGAUGAGCUAUCGAUUCUUCGCACCCUCUGGGUAUUCAAGCGCGUCAUUUUUGUCUCACUCGCUGUCUACACAGGGUACCUGUGCGAGGGAUUCGAGCUCAACGCCGGCGGGAGCGUCAUCGCGAAUGCUGGUUUCAUCAAGCAGUUCGGCGAUGCCAAGAGCACAGGCGUGAGGGCCUUGGAUCCCACUUGGGUGUCGACAUGGAGCGCCCUUUUAAAUGUUGGGCAACUGCUCACCUUCACAUAUGUCUCCUGGUUCGCCGACCGUUUCGGACGAAAGCCUUCAUUCUACGUCGCGUGGAUCUGGCUAGUUGUCGUGAGCGCGACCUAUGCUCUGGCAAAGCUCUGCAACGGCGCCGGAAUUGGAGUGCUUCAGAUUGUCUGUCAGGUGUAUAUCAUGGAGAUCUGUCCGAACCGCAUACGAGGUGGUAUGGUCGUGUUUCAAUCCGUAUGGGGCUGCAUCGGUGGUAUCAUUGUUGCCGUUAUGAUGCAGCAGCUGAAUAAAAAGCAUCCGGAUAAUUACCUCGUUGCAAUGCGAAUACUCUGGGGCCCGAUUGCGUUCAUGAUUGUAUGCUGGGCAUUCGUCCCCGAAUCACCGUGGCACCACGCACGGAAGGGAGAAAAAGAGAAGGCCAUAAAGGCACUCAAGAAGCUUUUCGGCGGCGUCGACGGCUACGACUUUGAAGAGGAAUAUGCGAUCAUUUCUCGAACCAUCGAGCAUGAGCAAUCCUUGAACGAGGAAAAGCCAAGAUUCCGCGACGUAUUCCGCGGCUUGAAUCUGAAACGCGCAAGUAUUGUCAUCAUCUUGAGCAUUUCUCAGCAGCUUGCUGGUUUGGCAAUCAUCUCCACCUACUCUACUUGCGACGGGGUAUUCAAGCAAGCACGAAGACAGCUAAUAAGUUGGUGCAGAUGCUGCAAUCUAGCGGCGGUCCUCUUCUGGUCGCUUACUGCAGACUAUCUCGGACGACGAGUGACGCUCAACACGUGCCAAACUCUCGUAUGCGUCAUCCUUGUGAUCGUCGGGUCUUUGUACUGGACGGGAGCAACACAUGACAACGCUGCUGCUGGCACGGCUCUGAUUGUCGCUAUAUCAUACUAUCUCUACUCGGCUGAACUGCCGACUGCACUCCUCCGAAUCAAGACAGGACCCAUCACGUUCUUCAUGAACUCGAUCACUGGCAUCGCCACGUGCUAUGCUACGCCGCCGAUGCUCCUGCACAUGAGCCUCCGAGCUGCCUUCGUGUACUUCGCAUUUUCCGUGCCCAUUUGUAUCGUCAUGUGGCUUUAUGUGCCGGAGACGAAAGGGAGGUCUGCGGCGGAGAUCGACGAACUGUAUGAACGAAAGGUGCCAGCUUGGAGAUGGGCUUCCACGAGGACGGCGGCAGAGGAGCAGAUGGAAGCGGUGGUGCAGGUCAAGGGUCGCGUCAAGCAGGCAUGA